CUUUUUCACCUCUCGCUUCUUUUCGUCUGUUCAGUUAUAUCUAAUCUCUCUCUUUCUCCAUCUCUCUCUAUAUCAAUCUCUUUCCCUUUCCCUUUCCCUUUCCCUUUCUCUUUCUCUUUGGCUAUCCAUCACACCUUACAUCUACACGCAAACAUCUCAAAUAUAUGCACAUUUUGCCCUGCAUACGCAUUUUAUAUUUUUGAAAAACAAAAAAAUAAAAAGAUUAGCUUCCAUGACAAAACAGCUACUCAAAGUUGUUCUCAUUGGAGACGGUGGUGUAGGCAAGACUUCUCUACGUAAUCAGUUUAUCCAUAAGAGAUUUACCAACGCCUACAAGGCCACUAUUGGAGCAGACUUUAUUACGAAGGAAAUCGAGCUGGGAGAUGGCAAAAGGGUCUCGCUUCAAAUCUGGGACACUGCAGGGCAAGAGCGAUUUCAAUCGCUAGGGAUUGCUUUCUAUAGAGGCGCGGAUGCCUGUAUACUCUGUUAUGAUGUUACCAACUAUCUCACCUUUGAGCAUUUGGCGAAGUGGCGGAGAGAAUUUUUGAACCAGGCUGGUAUCGGAGACAGCAAUCCAGAUUUUCCAUUUGUCCUUCUUGGUAAUAAGAUAGACAUUGAUGAACGUGUCGUAUCCAGGAGACAGGCUCGAGGAUUUGCACGGGAACAUAGUAUUUUGACAGGCGCUAAAACUGAGAUGCCAUGUUUUGAGGCGUCAGCAAAAGAUGGUAUCCAUGUUGAAGAUGCAUUCAUAUAUAUAGCAAAGACCGUCAGGAUACCACAGAUGGAGCUGGAUAUGGUUGGCAAUGGGCCUGCCUCCACAAGGCUAGAUUGGGAAGCAGAUUCUGAGGCACGAAAGAGAUCCAGAGGUUGUUGCUGAUAAACUUUUAUUAAGGGUGACAUGACAUGGUCAUGGAUGCAUGGAUGUAGCGAUUAAAAAAGCCUG